AUGGACUCUUCGCUCCCCCAAGUUUGGCAGGCUGCCGGCGUCAACGGCGCCUUCCUCCCCGCCAUCGGAAAGAACUCCCAGUUCUACGUCGCCUUUGCACUUCUGUUGACGGGGCUCUCUUUGACUGGUGCCUUCGCCCUGAACCGCUCCUUUAUCAACAUCCCCGCCUUGGGAUUCCCGGCCUCAGCUGCCAUUGCCUUCGGAACAGUCUACAUGUUCUGCGCGGUCGGAGUUUACGUCUGA